AUGAAGUCUUUCGCACCCUUCUACGCGGCGGCCGUCCUCUCCGGCACUGCCAGCGCCUUCUGGCGCAUGCCCUGUACCGACCGCACUGCGCUUGCGCGUCUCGACCCCAUUGUCGACGAGGGAACUGCUUCCUCUCACAGCCACACCAUCCACGGUGGAAGCAACUUCGCCGAGACGACCACCUAUGACAUGCUCCGUAAGUCGGAGUGCACCUCGUGCCAGUUCGACGACGACAAGUCCGCCUACUGGACCCCUUCCCUCCACUUCGUCCACGAGAAUGGCAAGACCGAGAUCGUUCCCCAGAUCGGUGGUAUGCUCGCAUACUACCUUCUCAUCGGCGACAACCUGGAGGCUUUCCCUGAGGGCUUCCAGAUGCUCGCUGGUGACACACGUCUCCGCAACUUCACCGGUCCCGUUCCUGACCCGCCAACCUCUUCCUGGACUGCGGACGACAUGACUCAGCUGUCUCUUGGCCAGAAGGCCAUCGGCAUGAACUGCAUGAACUACGGCAGGGCCCCUGAGGGCUCGCGCUACCGUCAUUUCCUCCCUGACAAGGAGUACAUGGACGAGAACUGCGCUGACGGUAUCCGUGCUGAGAUCAUGUUCCCUUCGUGCGGCAACGGCGAUGCGACCGCUCCUGACCACAAGAGCCACAUGGCCUACCCCAACAUGGUCGACGGUGGCGAGUGCCCUGAAGGUUACAACAAGCGCUACCCUACGCUCUUCUACGAGACCAUCUGGAACACCAACAAGUUCAAGGGCAUGCCCGGUCAAUUCACAUUCUCCAACGGUGACCCCACUGCCUACGGAUACCACGCUGAUUUCAUCAACGGCUGGAACAUCGAUACCCUCCAACAAGCUGUCGAGACCUGCACCAACCUCUCUGGUCGCGUUGAGGACUGCCCUGUCUUCUCCGGAAGCCUCCAGACCCAGGCCGAGCAAGCCAUGUGCAAGAUCCAGGACAUGCCCAAGAUUCUCGACAUCGACGACUGCGCUGGUCCUUCCAACGGCCUCUGCGGUAACGUCAAGGUUCAAUACGGACCCGAGUACGCCUCUCCCCUCGAGGGAGGCGACAAGGACGACGAGGAGCCCGUCAAGCCCAUCUCCUCCUCUGCUUCUGCCCCUGUCCCCACUCAGUCCUACGCUCCUGCCCACUCCCUCGGUGGCGGCGGUAUCUCUGUCUACAACGUCGAGAGCCCUUCCUCCAUGGUCACCAAGUCCUCCUCUUCCUCCUCCAUGGCCGAUUACGCUGCGCCUGUCGUCACCCCCAUUGCCGACAUUGCCAACGCCAUGAAGGACGACGAGAUUGUGUCCACCUCUACCUACACCAAGGACGGUGUCGUCUACGAGGUUGCCAUUGUUGAGGUUGUCGUCACCACCACUGUUGGUGCUGACCGCCGCCGACACGCACACAAGCACCGCCGCGACCACGGUCACAUGGGCCGGAACUAA